AUGUGGACGUGGACGUGGACGUGGACGUGGACGUGGACAUGGACGUGGACCGCGUCCGCGUCCGCGGACGUGGACGUGGACGUGGUCGUGGACGUGGACGUGGACAUGGACGUGGACGUGGACGUGGACGUGGACGUGGACGUGGACGUGGACAUGGACAUGGACGUGGACAUGGACGUGGACAUAGACGUGGACCUGUACGUGGACGUGGACGUGGACGUGGACAUGGACGUGGACGUGGACGUGGACGUGGAGAUGGACGUGGACGUGGACGUGGACGUGGACGUGGAGAUGGACGUGGAUGUACACGUGGACGUGGACGUGGACGUGGACGUGGACAUGGACGUGGACGUGGACGUAGACGUGGACGUAGACGUGGACGUGGACGUGGACGUGGACAUGGACUGGACGUGGACGUGGACGUGGACGACAUGGACGUGGACGUGGACGUGGACGUGGACGUGGACGUGGACGUGGACGUGGACGUGGACAUGGACGUGGACCGCGUCCGCGUCCGCGGGCGUGGACGUGGACGUGGACGUGGUCGUGGACGUGGACGUGGACAUGGACGUGGACGUGGACGUGGACGUGGACGUGGACGUGGACGUGGACAUGGACAUGGACGUGGACAUGGACGUGGACGUGGACGUGGACGUGGACGUGGACGUGGACGUGGACAUGGACAUGGACGUGGACAUGGACGUGGACAUAGACGUGGACGUGUACGUGGACGUGGACGUGGACGUGGACAUGGACGUGGACGUGGACGUGGACGUGGAGAUGGACGUGGACGUGGACGUGGACGUGGACGUGGAGAUGGACGUGGAUGUGGACGUGGACGUGGACGUGGACGUGGACGUGGACGUGGACGUGGACGUGGACGUGGAGAUGGACGUGGAUGUGGACGUGGACGUGGACGUGGACGUGGACGUGGACAUGAAGGACAUGGACGUGGACGUGGACGUGGACGUGGACAUGAAGGACAUGGACGUGGACGUGGACAGGGACGUGGACGCAGACGCGGACGCAGACGCGGACGUGGACGUGGACGUGGACGUGGACGUGGACGUGGACGUGGACGUGGACGUGGACGUGGAGAUGGACGUGGACGUGGACGUGGACAUGGACGUGGAGAUGGACGUGGACGUGGACGUGGACGUGGACGUGGACAUAGACGUGGACGUGGACGUGGACGUGGACAUGGUCGUGGACGUGGACGUGGACGUGGACGUGGACAUGGUCGUGGACGUGGACGUGGACGUGGACGUGGACGUGGACGUGGACGUGGACGCGGACGUGGACAUGGACGCGGACGCGGACGUGGACAUGGACGUGGACGGGGACGUGGACGUGGACGGGGACGUGGACGUGGACGUGGACGUGGACGUGGUGGACUUGGACGUGGACAUGGACGUGGACGUGGACGUGGACGUGGACGUGGACGUGGAGGACGUGGACAUGGACGUGGACGUGGACAUGGACGUGGACAUGGACGUGGACGUGGACGUGGACAUGGUCGUGGACGUGGACGUGGACGUGGACGUGGACGUGGACAUGGACGUGGACAUGGUCGUGGACGUGGACGUGGACGUGGACGUGGACAUGGACGUGGACGUGGACAUGAAGGACAUGGACGUGGACGUGGACGUGGACGUGGACGACUUGGACGUGGACAUGGACGUGGACGUCGACGUGGACGUGGACGUGGACGUGGACGUGGACAUGGACGUGGACGUGGACGUGGACGUGGACAUGGACGUGGACGUGGACGUGGACGUGGACGUGGACAUGGACGUGGACGUGGACGUGGACGUGGACGUGGACGUGGACGCGGACGUGGACGCGGACGUGGACGCGGACGUGGACGUGGACGUGGACGGGGACGUGGACGUGGACGGGGACGUGGACGUGGACGUGGACGUGGACGUGGAUGUGGACGUGGACGUGGACGUGGAGAUGGACGUGGACGUGGACGUGGACAUGGACGUGGACAUGGACGUGGACGUGGACGUGGACGUGGACGUGGACAUAGACGUGGACGUGGACGUGGACGUGGACGUGGACAUGGUCGUGGACGUGGACGUGGACAUGGUCGUGGACGUGGACGUGGACGUGGACAUGGACAUGGACGUGGACGUGGACGUGGACGUGGACGUGGUGGACUUGGACGUGGACAUGGACGUGGACGUGGACGUGGACGUGGACGUGGACGUGGAGGACAUGGACAUGGACGUGGACGUGGACAUGGACGUGGACAUGGACGUGGACGUGGACGUGGAUAUGGUCGUGGACGUGGACGUGGACGUGGACGUGGACGUGGACGUGGACAUGGACGUGGACAUGGUCGUGGACGUGGACGUGGACGUGGACGUGGACAUGGACGUGGACGUGGACAUGAAGGACAUGGACGUGGACGUGGACGUGGACGUGAACGUGGACGUGGACGUGGACGUGGACGUGGACAUGGACGUGGACGUGGACGUGGACGUGGACAUGGACGUGGACGUGGACGUGGACGUGGACGUGGACGUGGACAUGGACGUGGACGUGGACGUAGACGUGGACAUGGACGUGGACGUGGACGUGGACGUGGACGUGGACGCGGACGUGGACAUGGACGCGGACGCGGACGUGGACAUGGACGUGGACGGGGACGUGGACGUGGACGGGGACGUGGACGUGGACGUGGACGUGGACGUGGACAUAGACGUGGACGUGGACGUGGACGUGGACGUGGACAUGGACGUGGAUGUGGACGUGGACGUGGACUUGGACGUGGAGGUGGACGUGGACAUGGACAUGGACGUGGACGUGGACGUGGACGUGGACAUAGACGUGGACGUGGACGUGGACGUGGACGUGGACCUGGACGUGGACGUGGGCGUGGACGUGGACAUGGACGUGGACGUGGACGUGGACGUGGACGUGGACAUAGACGUGGACGUGGACGUGGACGUGGACGUGGACGUGGACAUGGACGUGGACGUGGACGUGGACGUGGACAGGGACGUGGACGUAGACGUGGACGUGGACGUGGACAUGGACGUGGACGUGGACGUGGACGUGGACGUGGACGUGGACGUGGACAUAGACAUGGACGUGGACGUGGACGUGGACGUGGACAUGGACGUGGACGUGGACGUGGACGUGGACUUGGACGUGGACGUGGACGUGGCCGUGGACAUGGACGUGGACGUGGACGUGGACGUGGACGUGGACGUGGACGUGGACAUGGACGUGGACGUGGACGUGGACAUGGACGUGGACAUGGACAUGGACGUGGACGUGGACAUGGACGUGGACGUGGACGUGGACAUGGACGUGGACGUGGACAUGGACGUGGACGUGGACGUGGACGUGGACGUGGACAUGGACGUGGACGUGGACGUGGACGUGGACGUGGACAUGGACGUGGACGUGGACAUGGACGUGGACGUGGACGUGGACGUGGACAUGGACGUGGACGUGGACAUGGACGUGGAGAUGGACGUGGACGUGGACAUGGACAUGGACAUGGACGUGGAUGUGGACAUGGACGUGGACGUGGACAUGGACAUGGACGUGGACGUGGACAUGGACGUGGACGUGGACGUGGACAUUGACGUGGACGUGGACGUGGACAUGGACGUGGACGUGGACAUGGACAUGGACAUGGACGUGGACGUGGACAUGGACGUGGACGUGGACAUGGACAUGGACGUGGACGUGGACGUGGACGUGGACAUGGACGUGGACGUGGACGUGGACGUGGACGUGGACGUGGACGUGGACAUGGACGUGGACGUGGACGUGGACGUGGACGGGGACGUGGACAUGGACGUGGACGUGGACAUGGACAUGGACGUGGACGUGGACGUGGACAUAGACGUGGACGUGGACGUGGACGUGGACAUGGACAUGGACGUGGACGUGGACGUGGACGUGGACGUGGACUUGGACGUGGACGUGGACGUGGACGUGGACAUGGACAUGGACGUGGACGUGGACGUGGACAUGGACGUAGACCUGGACAUAGACGUGGACGUGGACGUGGACGUGGACCUGGACAUGGACGUGGACCUGGACGUAGACCUGGACGUGGACGUGGACAUGGACGUGGACGUGGACGUGGACGUGGACGUGGACAUAGACGUGGACGUGGACGUGGACGUGGACAUGGACGUGGACGUGGACGUGGACGGGGACGUGGACGUGGACGUGGACGUGGACAUGGACGUGGACGUGGACGUGGACGUGGACGUGGACGUGGACGUGGACGUGGACGUGGACAUGGACGUGGACGUGGACGUGGACAUGGACGUGGACGUGGACAUGGACGUGGACGUGGACGUGGACAUGGACGUGGACUUGGACGUGGACGUGGACGUGGACGUGGACGUGGACAUGGACGUGGACGUGGACAUGGACGUGGACGUGGACGUGGACAUGGACGUGGACGUGGACAUGGACGUGGACGUGGACGUGGACGUGGACAUGGACGUGGACAUGGACGUGGACGUGGACGUGGACGUGGACGUGGACAUGGACGUGGACGUGGACGUGGACGUGGACAUGGACGUGGACUUGGACGUGGACGUGGACAUGGACGUGGACUUGGACGUGGACGUGGACAUGGACGUGGACGUGGACGUGGACGUGGACGUGGACAUGGACGUGGACGUGGACGUAGACAUGGACGUGGACGUGGACAUGGACGUGGACGUGGACAUGGACGUGGACGUGGACGUGGACAUAGACGUGGACGUGGACAUGGACGUGGACGUGGACGUGGACGUGGACGUGGACAUGGACGUGGACGUGGACGUGGACGUGGACGUGGACAUGGACGUGGACGUGGACAUGGACGUGGACGUGGACGUGGACAUGGACGUGGACGUGGACAUGGACGUGGAGAUGGACGUGGACGUGGACAUGGACAUGGACAUGGACGUGGAUGUGGACAUGGACGUGGACGUGGACAUGGACAUGGACGUGGACGUGGACAUGGACGUGGACGUGGACGUGGACGUGGACAUGGACGUGGACGUGGACAUGGACGUGGACAUGGACGUGGACGUGGACAUGGACAUGGACAUGGACGUAAACGUGGACAUGGACGUGGACGUGGACAUGGACAUGGACGUGGACGUGGACGUGGACGUGGACAUGGACGUGGACGUGGACGUGGACGUGGACGUGGACGUGGACAUGGACGUGGACGUGGACGUGGACGUGGACGGGGACGUGGACAUGGACGUGGACGUGGACAUGGACAUGGACGUGGACGUGGACGUGGACGUGGACAUAGACGUGGACGUGGACGUGGACGUGGACAUGGACAUGGACGUGGACGUGGACGUGGACGUGGACGUGGACUGGACGUGGACGUGGACGUGGACGUGGACAUGGACAUGGACGUGGACGUGGACACCUGGACGUGGACGUGGACAUGGACGUGGACGUGGACGUGGACGUGGACGUGGACAUAGACGUGGACGUGGACGUGGACGUGGACAUGGACGUGGACGUGGACGUGGACAGGGACGUGAACGUGGACGUGGACGUGGACAUGGACGUGGACGUGGACGUGGACGUGGACGUAGACGUGGACAUGGACGUGGACGUGGACAUAGACGUGGACGUGGAUGUGGACGUGGACGUAGACGUGGACGUGGACGUGGACGUGGACGUGUAGACGUGGACGUGGACGUGGACGUGGACGUGGACUUGGACGUGGACGUGGACUUGGACGUGGACGUGGACGUGGACGUGGACAUGGACGUGGACGUGGACGUGGACGUAAACGUGGACGUCGACAUGGUCGUGGGCGUGGACAUGGACAUGGACGUGGACGUGGACGUGGACAUGGACGUGGACGUGGACGUGGACGUGGAUGUGGACAUGGACGUGGACGUGGACGUGGACAUGGACGUGGACGUGGACAUGGAGGUGGACGUGGACAUGAACAUGGACGUAGACGUGGACGUGGACAUGGACGUGGACGUGGACAUGGACGUGGAUAUGGACGUGGACGUGGACAUGGACAUGGACAUGGACGUGGACGUGGACAUGGACGUGGACGUGGACAUGGACAUGGACGUGGACGUGGACAUGGACAUGGACGUGGACGUGGACGUGGACGUGCACGUGGACAUGGACGUGGACGUGGACAUGGACGUGGAUAUGGACGUGGACAUGGACAUGGACAUGGACAUGGACAUGGACGUGGACGUGGACAUGGACGUGGACGUGGACAUGGACGUGGACGUGGACGUGGACAUGGACGUGGACGUGGACGUGGACGGGGACGUGGACGUGGACGUGGACGUGGACAUGGACGUGGACGUGGACGUGGACGUGGACGUGGACGUGGACAUGGACGUGGACGUGGACGUAGACGUGGACAUGGACGUGGACGUGGACAUGGACGUGGACGUGGACGUGGACAUGGACGUGGACUUGGACGUGGACGUGGACGUGGACGUGGACGUGGACAUGGACGUGGACGUGGACAUGGACGUGGACGUGGACGUGGACAUGGACGUGGACGUGGACAUGGACGUGGACGUGGACGUGGACGUGGACAUGGACGUGGACAUGGACGUGGACGUGGACGUGGAUGUGGACGUGGACGUGGACAUGGACGUGGACGUGGACGUGGACAUGGACGUGGACUUGGACGUGGACGUGGACAUGGACGUUGACUUGGACGUGGACGUGGACAUGGACGUGGACGUGGACGUGGACAUGGACGUGGACGUGGACAUGGACGUGGACGUGGACGUAGACAUGGACGUGGACGUGGACAUGGACGUGGACGUGGACAUGGACGUGGACGUGGACGUGGACAUGGACGUGGACGUGGACAUGGACGUGGACGUGGACGUGGACGUGGACGUGGACAUGGACGUGGACGUGGACGUGGACGUGGACGUGGACAUGGACGUGGACGUGGACAUGGACGUGGACGUGGACGUGGACGUGGACAUGGACGUGGACGUGGACAUGGACGUGGAGAUGGACGUGGACGUGGACAUGGACAUGGACAUGGACGUGGAUGUGGACAUGGACGUGGACGUGGACAUGGACAUGGACGUGGACGUGGACAUGGACGUGGACGUGGACGUGGACGUGGACAUGGACGUGGACGUGGACAUGGACGUGGACAUGGACGUGGACGUGGACAUGGACAUGGACAUGGACGUAAACGUGGACAUGGACGUGGACGUGGACAUGGACAUGGACGUGGACGUGGACGUGGACGUGGACAUGGACGUGGACGUGGACGUGGACGUGGACGUGGACGUGGACAUGGACGUGGACGUGGACGUGGACGGGGACGUGGACAUGGACGUGGACGUGGACAUGGACAUGGACGUGGACGUGGACGUGGACGUGGACAUAGACGUGGACGUGGACGUGGACGUGGACAUGGACAUGGACGUGGACGUGGACGUGGACGUGGACGUGGACUUGGACGUGGACGUGGACGUGGACGUGGACGUGGACAUGGACGUGGACGUGGACGUGGACAUGGACGUAGACCUGGACAUAGACGUGGACGUGGACGUGGACGUGGACGUGGACCUGGACGUGGACGUGGACCUGGACGUAGACCUGGACGUGGACGUGGACAUGGACGUGGACGUGGACGUGGACGUGGACGUGGACAUAGACGUGGACGUGGACGUGGACGUGGACAUGGACGUGGACGUGGACGUGGACGGGGACGUGAACGUGGACGUGGACGUGGACAUGGACGUGGACGUGGACGUGGACGUGGACGUAGACGGGGACAUGGACGUGGACGUAGACAUAGACGUGGACGUGGAUGUGGACGUGGACGUAGACGUGGACGUGGACGUGGACGUUGACGUGUAG